CUGGAAAUCUCCUUCUCAAGGCGGCAAUAAGAUCUGGUACAUCCCAAAGGUGCCUACUGAGUCUGUUGUUCAUGAUGCCACAGAUGUUGAUCUUGACGGCUUCGAAGGAAAUUUAGCUGCUAACAUAGGGAUCGAUAAAGCUUAAGAGACGUCGCAUGCCUGAUCUCUGAUUUUCUGGCCAUCGAUACUAGAACCAGUAAGUGUUAGAUAGCCCGAUGGAUGCCCAGAUUUCGAUUAACAACGCGCUCAUGAAUAAAAUCGCGCGCGACCCAGGCCAGCUCUGAAUAUGAAAUCGUUAGGUGAUCGAGCGAUUAAGGAAUGAAGGCUGCCGUGUGUGGACAUAGUUAGGAAAGCUGGCUGAAUUUUAAUAAUGCACAACCGACUUACUCCUCCUAUAAAUACUAAAUAGGUUCCUCAUGGCUUUGGCCGUCGUUUGCAAGAACUACAUGAUGUGUCCCUUUUUGUUGUCCCGUUUUCAGUAUUCAAUGGAGCCGUCAAAACGACAUUUCAUUUUGAGUAAAAAGCCAAAGAGAAAGAUUAAGUCAACAAAAUACAUGAAGAGUUUUGAAAGGUUGAAAAUGGAUAUGAAAAAGACCAGCAAAGUGCAGCAAAGCAUCAAAGAAGGGCAAGGUCAAGUUGUAGCAAAAUUCAAUGCUAUCGAACAAGAAUGCAAGCAGCUUCGCGACGAAAUUGAUCUAAUGAUCCGAUGCAGUGCCAACACUCAAAUCCGACUCGGCCUGAUGUUCAGUAUCCUCAAGGCAAGACAACAAGCCGAUUUUGGCACUGCUGCUCAAUUAACUGGAGUACUCCGUGAAAUUGUGGGCAGAGAUAAUUAGUACAAAAGUGAAGAAUCUGGAGUCCAUGCUGAUGUGCAGGGCAAACAUGUGGUUACUUAAUGGGCUAAAUGUGAGGUGUUAAAUGUAGGAAGUCAUGUUGAUUAGAUUUCAAGCUUUUUUUCUUGUAUCAUUUUUAAGCUAUGGAGUUGAAUAAAAAUGUUAGACUUGGAGGGUUGUUCGUCAACACAAAUUCGGGCAUUGUAUAAUAAGUGUAAAAGAUCAAAGUGUGAGUUUUAUUUAUUUGUGUUUUUUGGUUGGAAGGAAGGAAUUUAUUGAAUAGAAAUUACAGCUUUAAGGCAUAAGAAAUGACACAGGGUGACGGUCUAGUAUAGCACCAAAACCACCUCUAUGAAGACAUCAAAAGUCGGAUAUUAAAAAUCCAAAAACUCUACGAGAAUUAAAUCCCAGGCAUUUUUUCGAAA